UGUCGUCAGACAUUCGACAGCAGAUAGGACAAGGCCUUUAAAAAUCUACGAAUUGCAAUCUUUUCCUCAAAUCAAUCUAUAAAAUACAGCUGUUAUCACCAUGGGGAAUGAUACUUCCCUUCCUCUUGUCCAAGUACCACCUGGUUUUUCAACAAUGUGCAUUGCACUUCAGUAUGGUGAUGGUAUUACUGUAAUCCACCAUGAUAGUGGAACAUUAUCUACCAUGCAACAAGCUAUUAUUGAUGCUUGGCCUAAUGGUAUUCAAAGAGAGCAUGCUAUAUGUGGCACAGGCUGGAUGUUUAAAGUCAAAGGUAAUCCAUUUGAUCUAACAUUCAGCACUUCACAGCAAACAAGGCAACUGAUUGCCACUAUUCUUAAUAGAUUGUUCAGUUUGGGUUGGAGGAUUGUGGUCUCCUGUGACCUGGGGCGAUUUAGUGGUAAAAGCACAAUCUUUCUAAAGAGGUCUCCAAUUAAUUUCACCACUGUCCAUCCAUUUGUUUGUGUUGGUUUUAGUAGCUCAGACAAGUUGCAAAUUCUUAACCUUCCAUCACAUCUUAUCCCACCACUAAAAGAGGUUAUAUACCAUCACUGGACAAAGGGAAUACAGAACGAAUCAUACGAAAAUGGUGUGUUGGAAAUAAAGAUGUCAGGAAAUCCAUGGUGUACAACAAUGGGCCUCAGUGAAUCAGCCAUGGCCAAUGUGCUUUUGCAAAACAUAGUUACCACACUCUAUAGUUAUCAGUAUGUUUUUACAGUGAAUGUUAACCCUAAAAGUGUAUUAGAUUCGUUAUUCUUUCGUUAUGACCCAGAACUGCCUGCCGGACAGCCAGGGCAGUUUUGUACGAUCAGUUUGAGUGGGGCAGAUCGUUUACGUGUUAUUUGCGCUCCCGAGAGUACAGUCAAUAUGAUUCGUUGUGUCAUCCAGAAUGUUUGGUCUCAUGGAACGUUACAGGAAGAGAAGGAUAAUCAUGGCAGUUGGGAGUUUAAGAUCUCUGGAAAUCCUUGGUUUUCUUAUAAGGAGGAAUCAGUGAUGGCAAGGUAUUUGAUACUAAAGAUUCUCGAGGCAAUGUUAAAUCAAGGUUGGCAUAAUAUUGCAGUCAUUGAUAUCUCACUGCGCCCAAUUGAUAAAUCUGUGCUUAUUUUCCAACAACGUGAACCAAAGCACUGCUCGAUCAUGUGUUUGAGUCUCAACGAUGCGGACAAAUUUCGAUGUAUCAACAUGCCUACCGAACUUGUUGAAUCUUUCAAAAAAAUUCUCCUGAGUCGUUGGUCAAAAGGAAUACAAGAAGAAAAAGUUAAGAAUUUAAGUUUCGGUGGCGUCCGGCAGUUCAAAUUAAACGGGCGGCCAUUUAAUGGUGGCUUGAAUAACGACGCGUAUCAUAUACGAAGCUUUCUAUGCAAUAUCAUCGAGGCUUUUGCCGCACGGAGUUGGAGAGUCUACAUGGCUGGUGAUGUUUCCGGACAGUUUGUUCACAGUAUUUGGUUUAUAUACGAUCCUCCCACUACCCAGCAACCCACCGCCCCAGCCUUUGGCUUUGCGUCUUCUUCACCCUACGGUACUGGUAUGCCUGCAGCACCGUAUCCACCGAUGGGUUCAGGCGUGUCAUCAGCGUAUGGGGGACCUCCAGCAACCGCACCUACAGCUCCGACAUCUGCAUACGGGCUGUACCCUAACCCAAAUGAACCAUCUCCAAUAAAUACCGAAGCAACGGGGUGGAAUAGAGACCCCAAAUAA